AGGAAGGACUGAAGCUGGUACGAUUGAGAAACGAAAGGGUGGGGGGCAGUGUGGUGUUUUAACAUAAGGAAGCAAAUUGGCAUAGCUGGUGGCUGGCCGUGGAAAGAAGAAACGAGGAGUAAACGCACUAAGGGGAACUCUGCAGCGAAGAAUUGUGCAGUAGUGUGCAUGCAGGUUUGCAAAGUGGGGCCCGGAGAGUGCAGCAAGGUCUUUGAACAUUUUUAAUGAGACUUCCCCUAAAGGCACGUCACGCCUCAGCUGCAUUUCUGGGAAUUCAUGGACAAGAGACGAGGAAAAAUGAGAAACAAACCUAAUUUAAAAAUCUCAGAUGAAGUCUUCAAACAGCCAGUUACCAGCCCUACACCACCAAGAGAUCUGGAUUCAAAGGCGUGCAUUACGAUUGGAGAUCGAAACUUUGAGGUGGAAGCUGAUGAUUUGGUACCUAUCAGUGAAUUGGGCCGAGGAGCAUAUGGAGUGGUGGAGAAGGUGCGGCAUACCCCCAGUGGAACCAUAAUGGCUGUGAAGAGAAUUCGAGCAACUGUGAACAGCCAGGAGCAAAAGCGAUUGCUAAUGGACCUCGAUAUUUCGAUGAGAACUGUGGAUUGUUUUUAUACAGUCACAUUUUAUGGAGCACUGUUUCGUGAGGGUGAUGUGUGGAUAUGUAUGGAACUACUGGACACGUCGCUGGACAAAUUUUAUAAAAAAGUGAUUGAGAAAGGAAAAACCUUCCCCGAGGAUAUUUUGGGAAAAAUAGCUGUGUCUAUUGUGAAAGCAUUGGAACACUUGCAUAGCAAGCUUUCUGUGAUUCACAGAGAUGUAAAGCCUUCAAAUGUUCUCAUCAAUAAGGAAGGGCAUGUCAAAAUGUGUGACUUUGGGAUUAGUGGAUAUCUGGUGGACUCUUUGGCUAAGACUUUGGAUGCAGGCUGCAAACCAUACAUGGCUCCUGAGAGGAUUAACCCAGAUCUGAAUCAAAAAGGAUAUAAUGUGAAGUCUGAUGUCUGGAGUUUAGGAAUCACGAUGAUUGAAUUAGCUAUCUUACGUUUUCCCUAUGAAUCCUGGGGUACACCGUUCCAACAGCUGAAGCAGGUUGUGGAAGAACCCUCUCCCCAGCUACCAGAUCACUUCUCUAAGGAAUUUGUAGAUUUCACGGCGCAGUGUUUAAAGAAGAACCCUGAAGAUCGUAUGAACUACAUUGACCUUAUGCAACACCCCUUCUUCAAAAUACAUGACGCUAAUGAAACAGAUGUGGCUUCAUUUGUAAAAGAGGUUUUAGGAGAUGACCCUAUCUGAAGUCUGAGUGAAUAAUAAAUGCAUUGUUGAUUCCUUUUUGUUCCUGCA